CCAAGUGGCAUGGAGGUUGAUGGGCGGGGGAGGACGGACGAGAGAGCAGAGAUAAACCCACUCUGAAAGCACUAGGGGAGGGGAGAAAAACAGGGAGAACUGUCGUCCAGUGUUUGCUCGGCUUUGUUUUAAUUUCACCACAGCAUUAAACAGAGGGAGACCAACCCAGGAUGAACGGCGAGUCAGUUGCCGGGGUGGUGACGGCUCCCCCUCCCACCACAGCCCCACACAAGGAGCGGUACUUUGACCGGGUGGACGAGAGCAGUCCUGAGUACCAGAGGGAGAGGAACAUGGCGCCUGACCUCCGACAGGACUUUAACAUGAUGGAGCAGAGAAAGAGGGUCUCCAUGAUUCUUCAGAGCCCAGCUUUUUGUGAUGAGCUGGAAACAAUGAUCCAGGAUCAGCUGAAGAAGGGCAAGACACCCACCAGCCUGUUAGCGCUGCAGCAGAUCGCAGACUUCAUGACCACCAGCAUGCCUUCCAUGUAUCCAGCGGCACCACAAGGAGGCAUGGCAGCUCUCAACAUGAGUUUGGGAAUGGUGACCCCAGUCAACGAUCUGAGAGGCUCAGACUCUAUCUCCUAUGACAAGGGCGAGAAGCUUCUCCGCUGCAAACUGGCUGCCUUUUAUCGGCUCGCUGAUUUGUUCAGCUGGUCUGAGCUCAUCUAUAACCACCUCACUGUCAGAGUGAACUCAGACCAGGAACGCUUCCUGAUUAUUCCCUUUGGGCUCCUUUACAGUGAAGUCACCGCCUCAAGUCUGGUAAAGAUAAACCUUCAAGGUGAAAUCGUAGACAGAGGAAGCACCAACCUGGGGGUCAAUCAGGCCGGCUUCACCCUCCACUCUGCCAUCUACGCUGCACGGCCCGAUAUCAAGUGUGUUGUACAUAUACACACAGCGGCAGGUGCAGCGGUGUCAGCCAUGAAAUGUGGGCUGUUGCCCAUCUCACCUGAGGCUCUGUCCCUGGGGGAGGUGAGCUAUCACAAUUACCACGGCAUACUGGUGGAUGAAGAAGAAAGUGUUCUCAUACAGAAGAACCUUGGGCCAAAGAGCAAGGUUCUUAUCCUCAGGAACCAUGGUUUGGUGUCAGUUGGAGAAACAGUGGAGGAGGCCUUCUAUUACAUCCAUAACCUGGUGACCGCCUGUGAAAUCCAGGUGCGCACACUGGCCAGCGCUGGAGGGCCAGACAAUCUGGUGAUGCUGGACCCUGCGAAUUAUAAAUCACGCCCACGCGUCCCUGAGUCAGCAGGCGAUGGGUCGUCAACACACCCCAAGUGGCAAAUCGGGGAGCAGGAGUUUGAGGCUCUCAUGAGAAUGCUUGACAAUUUGGGCUACAGGACGGGUUAUCCUUACCGGUGCCCGGCUCUGCGAGACAAAGGUAAAAAGUAUAGUGACGCGGAGCUCGCGUCCUCCGCCCACGGCGGUUACUCCUACGGGGAGGACAGCGACUCAGGCGCUCGCUCCCCACUGAAACACAGCUUCCAGCGCGGCCAGCGCGACAAGACCCGCUGGCUCAAUGUCGGCGGUCGGCCCGAUGAGCCCUACGAGGACGGGCCUGACGGCACCAGCCCCAAGUCGAAGCCUAAGGUGUGGACGAACAUAACACAUGAUCACGUCAAACCCUUGCUGCAGUCUCUCUCGUCCGGUGUCUGCGUGCCAAGCUGUAUAACCAACUGCUUGUGGAUGAAGGAAGAAGGCCUUCGCCAGGCUGCUGUAGCCAAUCAGUUUAUCCCACUGAACACCAACCCAAAGGAAGUCCUGGAAAUGAGGAAUAAGAUCCGGGAGCAGAACCUGCAGGACAUAAAGACUGCGGGACCCCAGUCUCAGGUUCUGUGUGCCGGCAGUGUGGUGGAACGGACCUUUAACCAGAGCUUCUCGUUCUUGGAGGAUGCUCUUCUGUCUGACUGUACAGACACUAUUGACGGCCUUGAUGUGUCCGAGGGGUCCUAUAGUCCUGCUAAAACAAUUAGAAAGGGUGAGCUGGUGACCGCAUCCAAGGCCAUCAUCGAGAAGGAGUACCAACCCAAGGUUAUUGUCGGCAAGACCGGUCCCAACCCCUUCAAUAAACUCACCGACCAGGAGCUGGAGGAAUACCGCCGGGAAGUGGAGCAGAAACAGAAAGGAGGCGAAGUGCAACAACAGAAGGACUCUAUGAGAGGAUCAACCUCCAGUGCACCCAGACCAGAGCCAGAAACUGUACCAUCGGCUCAAACCUCUGUCUCCACUCCUCUGCAUCAAACUGGUUCACCCAGCUUGGAGGAAGCCCAGCCUCCAGCUUCCGAGAAGAGCUCUUCUUCUCAGGGCCUGUCUGUCCCCGAGCCAGCUCGCAGCGGCACCCACUCUGCAGCGACGUUAGCAGACGAUGUGUUUUCAGCAGCAGAUGAAGUGCAACCAGCUUCAAACUCUCCACACAAGGAGUUCCACAGUGCGGUGGUGCGGGCCCUCAUCAAGGACCCGCAGAGUGUAGAAGCCACAGAGGGAGGUCAGGCUUCAGAUUCAGAAAAACCAGUAGAGCCUGAGGAGGACAAAGACCCUAAACCCACAUCCACACCCCCAAGCACCCCUAUCAGAGCAGAGGAAGAGUUGUUGCCAGAACAAACCUUUAAGGAUGAGAGUGACGCAGCCACCCUGAGACAGACCCUUCCAGAUUUAACCCCCGAUGACCCCUCUGAGGCUCCAGCUCUCCCUGCUGAAGACUCCACCCCAGCAGCUGCCACCGCGGAAGCAGCUGAGGGGGAGGAGGCCGCUGAUGCUGGGGACCAUGAAGGAGAGGAGUCUCCCGGCAAAUCCCCCUCCAAAAAGAAAAAGAAGUUCCGCACACCUUCCUUCCUAAAGAAAAAUAAAAAAUAGAUGGGGUCCUAGGUUUGAGAAUGUUGGAUAAGGCUGGCUUCGGCCUCGUUUUGGUUCUUUUUAUUGUUUUCUGUCAAUAUACUCUUCAACUGAGCCACACUUCCACCGUUAUACUUUUGAUUAUUUUUGUGUCUUUUGUUACAAGCUUAUUAACCUGCUUUUGCUCAUUAGUGUGUGCCAACUUUGUAUACAAUGUAAAAACAAUUGCAUAAAGGUUUUUAAUUAUUAAAGGCUUUUAGUUGUGAGUGCAAUCUGUCUUGUCCACUCCACCUAGUCUUUUAUGCAUGACUAUAACUACAGGCUCAUGUGCUCAGUGAGGUUGGAGGAUUUUAUUAUUAUUUUUUGUUUUAAUCAAUGUAACCACUAGAAUGUAUAGGGAUUGUAUCUAAAUAUGUCUGUCGCUGCAGAGCAAGAAGCUUAUACCUUCUCACUGAGCUGGUGGCGAGUUCUGACAGUGAUAACUACAUAGUGCAUACAUGCAUCCCUGAAGCUGUGCACUCAUUUAAUUGUCAGCAGACGGGGAAAGCUGCAGUCAAGCUACUUUGUAUUGGUUAUUUGCUUAUGUCCAAAAUGCAAUAAUUCCAAUUAAAUCAUUCAGUCUCAGCCACAUGUAAUGUUUUCUUUUGUAUUUAAAACAUUGCAUUGCUUUAUUCACAUGGUUCUUAAUAUAGUGUUGAUCAAAUACUUUGCACACCAGAUUAAGUUAGAGCACUGCUGCAUUCUGCAAGAUUAGUCCUGCCUUGUUUGCAGCUAACAUUGUGCUUGCUGAUCAUUCUAAAGCUUCAUGCAAUGCAUUUGCCACUGGCUGUAGGCCUUUAUCAUGAAGGAAUGUGAACAUUUGUAUUAAUUUUUACUUUAAUUCUGAUGGUUUCAUCAUUGCUUUUGUUUUGUGUCUGCUCCCUUAUUUUAUCUACAAGCUAUGUACAAGCAGCUAAUGUGUGAUUUUUAUCUCCUAAUAAACCAUUAUUGCUUGUUGGGAAGGGGUACUGGCCCUUCUGUCAUAAAACCACGUACUGCUUUUAUCCAGUUCAAGGAGAACGUCUUACAAAGUUGCAUGUUCAAUCAGGUCUUAAAACCAUAGAUCUGGAUGUUACUUAGUGAAACAACAAAUGAAACCUGGGCUGUGAAUAGCUGUUGACAGUGAUGAUGUACACUGGACGGGAAAAAGCUAUUUUUGUUGUGACUGCAAUUGUUAGAUGGGGGGUGCAGAAAACACUUUGAUGUUUGGUUUCAGACCAGUUUUAUGUGCUCAUGUUCGGUUGUGUUGUUCCAUCCUGCUUUAAUGAAAAGUCCUGACGUGCUUUAAGGAAUUGGCCACUGGUGACAAACCGAUGUCAGACUUGAUAUUGCAUUGGAGGGCUUCAAUUAAAUUUUUGGGUGUGCUGAUACCAGAACUAAUGUCCCAAUAUUCAUUUAAAUUGGCCUCAUUGUUUUUUUUUUUUGUUUUUUUUUCUUUAGACAUCUUACAUCAUGCUAAUUAGUAUCGUCUGAGUUCAUCUUAAUUUAAAUAUUUGGUUAUUGCUAAAUUUACAAAAUUAUUACACAACUUUUUUCUUUUUGUCAUGGUUCCACCUCUAUUGUUCAAUGAUGAAUAAAAAGAAAAUCUACCAUGAAAA